AUGUCGGACCGGCCGCUGUACCACGUGACGCCGCGGCGGGCGCUCCGCGCGCGGGCGGAAGCGGAGGGGGCCGGUCCCGGUCCCGCCCCGCGGGAAGGGAGCCCCGCGGAGCCGCCCCCGCCGUCGCGGGAGGGCGGCAGCAGCAGCGACACCGGCGCCGGGCGGGGCCGGCCGCGGGGCAGGGGGCGAGGCCGGGGCAGGGGCCGGCGGCGCGGCGCGGCGGCGGGCGGGAUGUUGGGCGGCGGCGAGGACGAGGCGGUCCCGGCGGACGGCCCCGGCGAGUCCCCGGCGGACGAGGCCGGGCUGAAGCGGCGGCGGAAGAGCCCCCGGGUGGCGGCGCGGCCCGACGGGCCCCAGGAUGAGGUGGAUGGCGCGGCCCGGCCCGACGCGCUGGACGGGGACGAGUUUCACUUCGGGACCCCGGACUCCCUGACGCGACCCCCUAUAAGAGCGUAUAGAUCGCCAGAUGGUUCUUCAGUUUACUUUGAAGAGACUCCAGUGAAGGAAAAAGCAAAGGUUUAUGACAGUAAUGAAAUCGAGAAACCAGCAGGGCGACAAAACAUUUAUAAACCAAGAGAAAUAAAGGCUGACUUCCUUGAGAAAAAUCAAGAGCACUUCUCAACUUCUACACCACAGAGCAGAAGUAAAUCUCGGUAUCAGUCCAGUGUAAGGAAGCAGUCACAGCCUUUGGCCAAAAGUGAUGGUGAAUCGCAGAGUGGGUUUCACAAGGGCCAGACUUUGUUACUGGUUCUGUUAAUUAGUGUCCCAUUGCUUUAUGUCUUCUGGAAUGGAAUUCCAAGUCUUCCAUCUGGGACUUCAAGUAGAGAUGCUGAAAUUCUGCAAAUGUUUCGGGCCCGGAUGAAGGAGCUGAAAAAUACUUACCAAAGUCAGGACGCCAAUCUGUGGACAAGAGCCCGCGUGUCCCUCGAGAAACGUCUUAACACUUCCCACCUGCACCUGGAGCCGGCUAUCCUGCUGUUCACAGCUGGCCGGGAAGCUGAGAAGGCGCUGAGGUGCCUGAGUAACGAGAUCGCCGAUGCUUUCGCCUUCUCCCAGAACGCCACCACCAUCCAGAUCAACGGGGUGGACAAGGCCCUGCUGGACAGUGACGACGUCAAGCUGGAGGUGGACAAAGAGCUCAGCUCUGGGUUCAGCAAAGGCAAGAAGGUGGCAGUGGUGCAUCGAUUCGAGUUGCUGCCUGCGGGCUCCACCCUGAUCUUUUACAAGUACUGUGACCAUGAAAACGCGGCGUUUAAGGACGUGGCCCUUCUGCUGACAGUUCUGCUGGACGAGCAGUCGCUGCGCAAGAGCCUCACCUUUCAAGAAGUGGAGGAGAAAGUCCGGGAUUUCCUCCAGGCAAAGUUCAUCAGCUCGGAUGUUCCUAGUUCUUACAAUGGCAUGGACACAGAUAAGCUGAGUGGACUGUGGAGCCGAAUAUCUCAUCUUGUGCUGCCUGUUCGGCCAGAAAAGGAGCUCCCUCUGGAGGGAUGCACAUAAGAGUUACCGGAAAGGACUGGGGAAAGGAGGAAGACACAAAAUGGAUGUUGCGGUGCCUGAACAGGGAAGAACUUGCUGCUGCUGAGCUCAGGGAGCAGCGUAAAAGUCCUUUCUGUGCAGACAUUUCACCAGCUGGUGGGGUUGUUUCUGCUAAAGUAACUGGGACUUCUCUAAAUAAACUACAGAGAGUAAGCAAGGAACUUGCUGGUUGUUGGUAAGUUGUGUUCAGUGACGUGUUCGGCCUGGGUGUCCUGGAGCUGGGCGUAAAUGUCCAUCAGUGCAGAAUCACUCACCUGCCUGUGGAGCUGACUUGAUGCACUGUUGGCUUUGCUGUGAGGAGCCUUUUCUGGUGGUGCAUAAAGCUGGUGUUGCAUUUGGCAAGGUAACAGAAUGCGAAAACAUCACCUUCAUCAGCCAGAGUUGCUGAAAAUGAUGGUAAAGUGAUGUAAGCACAAGCUUUUUUUCUUGAUCCAUCUGAUCACAACAUAGAUGUCAGCUGUUUCUGGACCAUUUCUAGAAAUGGCAAAAUUGCUUGAAAGAUCUGUGACUUGUAGAGAACCUUUCAGCAAGCAUUUUUCCCUUAAAUUGAGCCUUCCCUAAACAGUUCUGGAGAGUGAGAAAAGCUGAGGUACCAAGUAGUACUGACAUCAGUUAAAUAAUCCCUCAGCACCUCUUUGCCUGGCUCCUUCCAGAAAUUCUCUCUUUGUCAAAGUUCUGCAAGUCUUAAAAUCUGGAGGGAAAUGAUGAAACGUCAGCCCUGUGUGUGUACCAUCUCCUUUCCAAACAAAAUUUUAGGAGGACAUAGGUUACUUCUCAGUUUACUAAGAUCAUUAUUUUUGCAUCCAGAGAAUUUAUUUAUUUGUGGUACUGGUACCCCAGAAAAAUAAUCAUUCUUCUUGUAUCUGUGUAUAACCUGCAGCUUGCUGUAUAACCUAGCAAAGAACAGAUUUGCAAUGCGUGUUUUUAAGAUGUUUUUUUUUUUUUAGUAUCUCAUGUCAAGAAUUCCUCACACCAGAUUAAAAACAAAAACUUGUACCUGUUCCUAUUGUAAGUACUUUGUGUAAAAAAAAAAAAAAA